AUGAUCGCCGUAAAUAACAGUUGCCUGAUGGCUUUAUUUUUCACUCGAACUAAAAGGCAUUCAUAUCAGAGUUUUCCGAAAUUACUGAACACGCUUGCUUCUUGGCCUUUUGUAUCAAAAGUUGUAUGUUUCUCUGAAGGUUCAGCGAGAUACAUUGGUCAUUCUAAAGUGUUGAUUAAUAAUUAUUCUACUGAACCUCGAACUUUCCAUGAGUUUGCCGAUGAAUCUAAUUUUAAAUCUUUAGAAUCUACCAUUAUUUCAGAUAAAUCCCUGACAUCGAAAAGUUGCUCAGGUGGACCUAUCUCACGUUAUGAUGCUCUUGUAGCAUCCAGAAUGGUAAGAGAAGAUUCUUUUCAGCGUAGUAUAGUCUGUAUCCUACAAGAUUUAUACGAACGGUUGAUAAAUUGUGUUCCACCUCCCAUCAUGGAUGCAAGAGGCAGUAUGGGUAACAAUUCAGUUUUUAGCAAGAUUUCAGGAUUGUUUGGUGCCCCGUUUAAGAGUGUUCCAAAAGGAUUAUAUUUAUAUGGUGAUGUAGGAACUGGCAAGACUAUGCUGAUGGAUCUUUUAUUUGACACACUUCCAAUUGAACGAAAGCGUCGAAUUCAUUUUCACGCUUUUAUGCUUGAUAUUCAUGAACGAGUUCAUAAACUUAAGCGAGCGAAUUCAGAAACUUAUGAUCCAAUACCACCUAUUGCUACUGAUUUAGUAAAUGAUGCAUUCGUCUUAUGCUUUGAUGAGUUCCAAGUUACGGAUAUAGCAGAUGCAAUGAUUCUCCGACGUCUCGUUGAUGAAUUGUUUAGCCGUGGUGUUGUUAUGGUCACCACCUCUAACCGUCAUCCUGAUGAUUUAUAUAAAAAUGGGAUUCAACGUAAAAGUUUUAUCCCUUGUAUUGAACGAUUGAAAGAAGGCUGUCAAAUACAUUCUCUCAAUUCUGGAACGGAUUACCGUAAACUGGCACGUAUAACAAGUGGCUUAUAUUUUACACCAUUAAAUGAACAAUCUACAACUGGGAUAGAUGAUGUUUUUAACAUGUUAACGCGUGGCCGAUCGGUUUAUGAAACCAAAUUGGAAUUUUGGGGGAGAUCUCUCCUAGUACCUCAGGCUUGUGGUGAUGUUGCAAAAUUCACCUUUGAACAAUUAUGUGGUCGACCUUUAGGUGCCGCUGAUUAUCUUGAACUUACUAAACAUUAUACCACUAUUAUACUUACGGAUAUACCAAGAAUGUCUUUAAAAAUGAAAAAUGAAGCUAGAAGAUUUAUUACACUUAUUGAUGCAUUGUAUGAUACAAAGACUAUAUUAGUAUGUUCGGCCGAAGUUCCUAUCGAAGAAUUAUUUACAACAGAAGAAGAUUUAGAUCCCACAUAUCAUGAACUUUUGGACGAUUUAAACCUUGAUGCAAAAGAACAUAAGUCUAGUCCUAUAUUUACGGGCGUAGAAGAAAUUUUUGCAUUUGAGAGAGCAGUAUCAAGGUUAACCGAAAUGCAAGGACAAGAAUGGAUAAGCAAAAUAAUAUUGAAAAUAAGGUCUGGUAAUCCAAACAUAUCAGUGCGUCCAACUCUAGAAUAUGUGAGUUGA